UCCAGUGUGUAGAAGAGUUAAGUUAUUUGCGUGAUAAUAUGGCAUAAGUUAUUUGAAAUGCUUUGGCAGCAUUUAACGAAUCGGUGUGAAAAAUUGACACAAAUACUUUGACAAUACGGUGGUUAAUUGCUAGAUAAUUUACACCCGACUUGCGGCCAACCGACGGCCGGGUGCGUGUGUUGUAGUACUUAUUUAUUAUAUAAGUAAGCACUUAGUGUGGCCUUAAGGAAUUAUCAAUUAAAUGAUAAUAAAUAGGUUUAAAUUCGGAAAGUGCGAUUUUUGUCUUCUAAUAAAUAAUAUACCAUAAUUAAUUUGUGUCAGUGUCGAUUUUGGAUACAGCAGGUGAUAAUUUUAGAUUUGACAAAUGGCCCAACACAUUCUCUCGGCAAUAGAAACCGACAUAAAUUCCAUCAAAGACAAAGGCGAUCCUCAAGAACGUAACAUAUCGGUGGCAUUAGAUGACAGAGACCUCUGGGUGAGAUUCCAGUGUUUCACCAAUGAAAUGAUCGUUACGAAAAGCGGCAGGAGGAUGUUCCCUGUAGUCAAAGUCACAGCAAAUGGUUUAGACCCAAAGGCAAUGUACACGGUGCUGUUGGAGUUUGUCCAAAUUGAUCCUCACAGAUGGAAGUAUGUGAACGGUGAAUGGGUUCCGGGCGGUAAAGCAGAAGUACCACCCUCGAAUCCUAUUUACGUUCAUCCCGAAAGUCCUAAUUUUGGGGCGCAUUGGAUGAAGGAGAGCAUAUCGUUUGCCAAAGUCAAACUCACAAAUAAAACAAACGGCAAUGGCCAAAUUAUGCUCAAUUCUCUUCAUAAAUACGAGCCCAGAGUACACCUAGUGCGAGUUGGAACAGAAUCCAGACGAGUGAUGACGUUUCCGUUUCCGGAAACCCAAUUUAUUGCAGUGACGGCUUAUCAAAACGAAGAAGUAACUUCACUGAAAAUUAAAUAUAAUCCAUUUGCUAAGGCUUUUUUGGAUGCUAAAGAACGACCGGAUAAUGUUUAUCAACGAGGAGAUUAUUCACCGACAUAUAGUCAGCAACAAAGUCAGUAUCCACAGUAUGGUUCCUGGUUUAUUCCCCAUCAAUCGAUUUAUUCAACCGCAAGCCAGAUGCCUACAUGUCAAUACAGGACCAGUCCGAAGCUGAUUAGACAAAAAUCAGCUCCAUAUUUGCUCAACAGGCAAAAAUCGGCUUCUCCUGUUUCACCUCCGCCAUCUGUAUACAAUCCACCAGAUCACAUUCAACAACCACAACUGUACAAUUCUGGCACAACUUAUUCAACGUGGUCUUCGAUGCCUACCAUGCAAGCUCCAGCCCCAACAGCCCUAAUUUCGCCGAUUAAUUGCUGGUCGACAACAACCAGUCCUCCCCCGUCUCAUCAAAUUGCCACCCCAAACCAAUCCCCCACGCAUCAAAUUUACCAACACUCUCCCCCUUCAAUCACCAACCUCUCAUACCCCAGCUAUUACCACCAAGAUAUCCCUACCUAUCAAAGUCCAGAUUAUCUUGUUAAUCCUGUCGUUAACCAGGAAGUGACUUAUACUCAAUUGGGCGACAGAAACACGCCAGUGAUUUAUAAAGCAGACCACAGUAUCCAGAAUUUGGAUAACCACAGUGUAUCCAGCGUUGGCCAGGAGUACAAUGGUAUUAAGUUUGUGCAGUGUGGUACGAGAAAGAUGGAAUAUGCACUAAAAAAUCAAGGAGAAGAUGACACCCGAUCAGCGCCGGGGACUCCUAGGAGUGAUUGGGCCCCACAAAAUCAUUUACAAAAUAAUAAUUGAACAAAGAAUAAUCAUUAUGUGUAAAUAUGUAUGAUUUAUGUGGAUUUGUUAAAAAAUGGAUUUUCUAGAUUAUUCUAGGAAUACUCUGUCCUUUUUGGUAAUAUAGAAAUAUGUUUAGAAAAGUCCAUUUUUAUUGAAAGAUGUUAGAGUAUGAAAGGAGGAGAAAAAUUAA